AUGAAGCUUUCACUUAUUGCUGCAGUCCUGGCGACCGCACUCCCUGCCCUGGCCCAUGAGGCCAGCGCCGGUACCCCACUGACGGUAGCUCGUCGCGAUGUGCCCAUCCAGGCUGAUAAGCUCACUGCGAGAGAGGCAACUAGAGCCCGCGUCUCUGUGCAGAAGCGGGAUGCGCCACCUGAUCCCCUGAAAUCGAGACCCGACCAUAAAGACAAUGGUAUCUAA